AUGCGUCCUCGAGAUUCUGCCAGUCAUGGAAAUUUUGAUUUUCUGAAAUGUUACGUUCAACAGCAUGCUGAUCAUAUUAACAGUUUGGUUCGACAGUCCGGGGCUGUGCUGUUCCGUGGGUUUAACAUUGACUGCGCCCAACAAUUUGAAGAUAUUGCACUGUUAUUGAAGCCAGUUUUGUCAACGAAAUAUCUUGGAACAAGUCCUCGUACUCCGACAUCUACAUUCACUUUUACCGCAAGCGAAAUUGGUCCUAAUAAACCACUCCCAGCUCACACUGAAAUGGCAUUUUUGCCAAAAUCGAAACCAGAACGAAUUUUUUUUUGCUGCUUGCAGCCAAGUUCUUACGGUGGUGAGACACCUCUUGUUCGUGUUGACCAUAUUCUCCGUGAUUUGGAUGUGGAUGUUUGCCGGAAAUUUGAGCAAUAUGGCGUCACGUAUGUUCGUAAUUACGCGAGUAAGGGCUCCAAACGCAGUUGGAAUCCUAUGCAACUGAAGCCAUGGGAAGAUAUUUAUAACACGACCAACGAGGAUAAAAUUCUUGAAAUUUGCAGUGCGGAUGGUGUCAAUGCCGAAUUCACCGGACGAAAUUUGCGUUUGUCAAACACGCAGCCGGCAAUUAUCCGUCAUCCAGAUACAGGUGUGCCAGUGUGGUCUUCUCAUGUAGGUGUCUUCAAUAUUUGGGGACCUUAUGUUGAAAUACAACAGGUUUUACGUCAACGGUAUCAUUUUUCGAAUCUAAUGAUGUUCGUGCUUGUUUGGCUGUGCACAAUAGCACUGCUCAUUAUAAAUAAACCACGUGAACAAGCCAUGAACGCGUUCUAUGGUAAUGGAGAGGAAAUAUCAAAAGACGAUGUCCGGGCAGUUAGCAGUGCGACGUGGAAGAACAAUGUUCUGUAUAGAUGGCAACGCGGAGAUAUUGUUGUUAUUGAUAAUAAUCUAGUAGCCCAUGGACGUAUGCCAUUUAGCGGCAAGCGCAUUAUUCUGACUGCCUUUGGAUAG